AUGGCCACCCAUCUGCGCAACGAAUCGCCUUCUGGCCGGUCUAUUGCCAGUCAAGACGAUGGAGAAGGCUCAAUGCUGGGGACGGGAUUAACUUCCCGUCACCUGGAGGCUUUUGGCCGAAAGGUCACGACAACUGCAAGCCAUCUAAUGGCUCCGAGAACCGACCCGACAUUUACCACCCAUUACCAGAGCGCCAUGAGUGAUAUCCAACGGGAAUUGCGUCGCCCGGGGGUUCAGAGAAAGGUCUUUUCAUUCGCACAAACUACUCCUACAGAUCUCGUGCGAUCAAAGCUGUCAACGUCGGAAAUCCAGUAUCGUGCGCUCUCCGCUCUCCCCGAGGACCUACUUGCCAAUAUUCCGGAGGAUACAAGCACAUAUUCUUUAUUUCAAGGAUUUCAAGCAUCCUUGCCUGAAAAUGACAGCGAUUUUCGCAAAGGCCAGAGAAGACGUCGAUCUGGUGGACAGAAAUUAUUAGAAGACUCUGGAAAAGGUUCUCGUCCCUUACCUCACACUGUUGGCGCAUUAAAGCGAGAGAGGGAGUCAUUGAACAAGCGACUUGAAUUGAUGGGAACACGGAAAAAUAUGUGCAGCGCCGAAAUCCGCGAGAUAGAUAACAAGAUAUCUAAUCUCAAUCAUAUGAGAAAGAUUGUUCUAGAUCGUUUGGCUGGGUUGGAAAUGGAUGAAGCAGACUUAGAGCAUGAGUUGGUGCAGCUGGAUAAUAAACUUGAAGACAUGGAAGAAAGCACUGACGAGCCUAUUCCCGGCGAGUCAACACCAAGGACAAGGGAUACAGAAACAACAUCAAAUCGAGCCGAGGACGAAGAAGCGGAAGCUUCGUUCAUGUCCGAGUCCAUUUAUGAAAAGAUUCCGUCUCCAAAAAGCUGGAGGCAUAAGGGAACGAGAAAAAGGUCGAUGCCUAUAUUGCACGAACAUUUUGACUCCGGCUCCAUGAUUAGAGAAAUACAAGCACAUAAUGAUAUGAUAACCGCGUUGGACUUUGAUGUUCCCUUUGGUACCAUGGUCAGUGCAGCUUUGGACGAUACUGUAAGAGUUUGGGACUUAAAUCUGGGUCGGUGUAUGGGGUUUCUGGAAGGACAUCAUGCUUCUGUGAGGUGCUUACAAGUCGAUGAUAACCUUGUGGCUACUGGUUCUAUGGACGCAUCGAUACGACUCUGGGAUCUAAGCCGUGCAAGUUAUGCCCCAAGAGAUUCUCGGAUAAAUAAGGACGAAGAAGAAGACGACGACGAUGCGCUUGGUUUUGAAGAUCCGUCAGCGGAACCCCCGCCGCCUCCCCCUUCUAGCAUGGAUGAAUGCCCUCUGUUUUGCCUGGAAGCACACGUUGAUGAGGUAACUGCACUACAUUUCCGUGGUGAUACUCUGAUAUCGGGUUCUGCUGAUAAAACCUUACGGCAAUGGGAUCUGGUCAAAGGCCGAUGCGUCCAGACAUUGGACGUUCUGUGGGCGGCCGCUCAGGCGUCGUCGGCAAUAGGAGGAGGAGAGGCUCAAUGGCGGCCGGCAGGCCGACUUCCGGACGCAUCUGCAGACUUUGUUGGCGCAUUGCAAUGUUUUGAUGCUGCACUGGCAUGUGGAACAGCAGAUGGAAUGGUUCGUUUAUGGGAUCUGCGGAGUGGUCAAGUCCACAGAAGUCUUGUUGGCCAUACGGGGCCAAUAUCUUGCCUGCAAUUCGAUGAUGUUCACUUAGUGACCGGCAGUUUGGACCGGAGUAUACGGAUAUGGGACCUGCGUACGGGAUCAAUAUAUGAUGCAUAUGCAUAUGACCACGCCGUGACUAGCAUGAUGUUUGACUCACGUCGGAUAGUUUCUGCUGUGGGAGAAGAUGUUGUCAAGGUGUACGAUAAGGCUGACGGACGCCAUUGGGAUUGCGGUGCCGGGGUAACUGCAGAGGAAGAAGGUAAUACCCCGGCAGCAGUUGAACGGGUUCGGAUCAAGGAUGGAUAUUUGACAGAGGGUAGGAAAGAUGGAACUAUCGGAAUCUGGACGUGUUGA